AUGGAAGCAUUGCAUUCAUUUGCAUCUGCUUGGUACCAUCACAGUAAAGAAAAAGGAAAAUAUCAAAUUGUAUUUAGGAGAGAUAAAUACAUAGAAACAAACGAACACGGUUUAGUUAUAAUAGGAGUCUCAGAAUUGGAUGCUGGACGUUACGAUUUUUGGUUAAAUGGCGCUCUAUUAUGCUCCUAUAACAUCACAGAAAAAAUCUUUAAAUGA